AUGGCAUUAACCAAUUCCAGGCCACUUCAGAUGCCUGCUCUGGAGAAUGAGGCCCUUCACAAUUCUGCGUCGCCCGUUUUUCAGCCCAGCUCUCUCAGGAGCUCAGCUAGGAGCAGCUGUUCCGAAAGCACAUCGGAAAUGGAUCACGCCCUUUCGACCUCUGAUACCAGCGAAGGGGCCUCAGACACACGUUUAACAAGAAAAGAUGUGUUAGCUCUAAAGCGUUCCGCCACAGCAUCGCCUCUAACCCCCACCGGGGCCGUCUCUGAGCUUUCCAAGCUAGUUCCUGUGACAGGACAAAGACCAAAACCCACGAAAAAGGAUCUAUUUAUGGAUGAUGACAUUUUGUUGGCGAUCUUUGUCAUACUGUAUGAAAAGGAUCCCAACCAAGAAGGUGUCACUGUCAAGCAGUUAUGCGAUUACUUGGUUGACAAACACCCUGAUAUGGCAGGCGCAUCAACGAAGCUUUCGAAUUUGAUUUCCGCAAAGCUCAACGCCUAUGUCAAAAAAGUUGAAAAAGGUGAGAAAACUCUGAAAUACGCUUUGUCGAGACAGUGGUCUGAAGGUUCUCCUAGACGAAUGGUGUACGUUUACCGCGGUAUUCUUGCACCAGAUUACAAGUCGCACACCCAGUCCAUGUCCUCCCAAAGACAGGAUGCUAAACAAACAGGGAAGUCUACUACGAGCUCCUCUAAAAAGGCACAUGGUCUUUCAAACAAUGCUACUGAUGCCAACAUGGACUAUUCCUUGACAGAAUCGAAAGUCUCCAAUCAAGCUAAGGGCACCUUCAGCAUAAACAACAACAGCUUCACAAUAAACUCUUUUGGGAGCGAUUUCAACAUCCCAUAUGCUGCUUCUCCCGUUACCAUGAGGAUGAUGCCUAACUUGGCACCAAAUGCUUUCCAGGAUGACCAAUUAUCGAAGGCAGCUAGAGACCGGAGGCCAAAGACUUCUCUGUCUGGCCCUCCAAGCAAAAAACCAAACUUACAAGCCAGCCCUGUAGUACCACCUUACAUCACGGCUGCGGCUGCGGCUCCGCGGUUAUCAAAAGGAGUGCCAAAGAGAAAUGCGGCUUCAGGCGAGCUUUUGAAUGCAGCUGCUUCUAGUAUACAAAAGCUAACCGCCUUUCCAAAACAAGGUGAGGCCUCAUGUAUUACUGACAUAGCGCUGGUACCGCUUGCGCCUACCACCACUUGUCCUUCAUGGCUACAAACCAUACAGUCCGGUUUUUUGCUUGAAGAUAUUGAGUCUCCCGAAGCCGUUUCUUUAGAGGACUUGGAUGGGCUUCUCGGAUGA